CACUAAACGAGUAUGUGUGAUACUAAAAAGGUAUUAAAUGUUUCAUCAGGAAGUGAAAAACAGUCCAACCAACAAAGCGAGACGGUGUGCAUGUAAGUCAACAAUGAUUCCUAGUUGCAAAGGGUUUGAAGAAAAUAUGCUUAAAGUAUUCAUUUUAGUCUUGAUCAUCAUUUGCAUUGGGUUUACGACAGCCGGUCCAAGAAGAAAGGGAAUACGAAGAACCACCACGAAAGCGCCGAUAAGAGCAAUUAUACAACCUUCGAUUCCAAAAUUGCCCCUACAAUGUAAAGUGUGGCUCCCAGCCCACACAGCAGCAAAAUAUUAUGCAGGGUAUGCCUGGAGAGUAUCUUACGGCGUCUGCCUACAGGGCCAUAAUGAUGUUAUAAAAAAAUUCACCAUCCCCAUAAGUGAGAAGUUCGAUGGUCCCGAGAUGUGUCUUCAGAUGUGUUGGAAGUCAUUGAAUCCAAUAUGUUGGUCGGUAGACUACCGUGUAGAUGCCAAUCCAAAUAACAACGCGUUGUUGGACGUCACGUGUAUUUUAUCGAAAACGUCACGAGUUCAUAAUCCUUCGGGGUCGACAGUCGAUCUGGAUUGUUGUUAUGGCUGGACUUAUUUUGAAAGAACGCCAGGUUGGAUUUGGAGAAACAAACCAAAUUUUGAAAUCAAGAACGCGAUGCUAAACAAGAAAUCUCUCUACGCGGCUUCCCUUGAAACGUGUAAAAAAGCUUGCGCUGCUGAAAAAGACUUCAUCUGUAUGUCUGUUGAAUGGAAAUAUGUACCUCCGCCAGCAAAACCAAAACCUGGACGUAAACCAUGGGAAUGGGUCCAAGGUCCUAUACAGAAAAACUGUCAUCUGCAAGCUAGGUGGAAACGUUAUCCAGCGCAAACCCUGUCAAUUAAAGUCGGAACUAUUUACGCGGAAAAGGUAGUGGCGUCUUCAACAGGUUGGGCUUGGACUUCAAUACAAAACGCUUGCAUUAGUGGACAUGACACGAAAGUCACACCUGGUACGGAUAUUGACGAAUGCAGAAAAAUGUGUAGCGAAGAGUUGAAUUUUGUAUGCCUAUCAGUGGAGUUCGGAGGUGGGACAUGCCGCUUGUCGCUGGCAGAUUCUUCAGACCAAUUCCACUACAACCAACCGUGUGCAAUCCCAGGCACAGUGUACAGUGAGAAGAAUAUCUAAAGCCAUUUAAAGUGACUAAUGCUGAAACAAUGCGUUUAUU